CCGAGCCGGAGCCGGAGCCGGAGCCCGAGCCCGCGGCGGCACCGUAGCAGAAGGGCUCCCCCGCGGCGACAUGGGGUCGGCGGACUCCAAGCUGAACUUCCGCAAGGCGGUGAUCCAGCUGACCACCAAGACGCAGCCUGUGGAAGCCACCGAUGACGCCUUUUGGGACCAAUUCUGGGCAGACACGGCCACCUCGGUGCAAGAUGUUUUCGCGUUGGUGCCAGCAGCGGAGAUCCGAGCUGUGCGGGAGGAGUCGCCCUCCAACCUGGCCACCUUGUGCUACAAGGCCGUGGAGAAGCUGGUGCAGGGAGCCGAGAGCGGCUGUCACUCAGACAAGGAGAAGCAGGUCGUCCUGAACUGCAGCCGGCUGCUCACCCGCGUGCUGCCUUACAUCUUCGAGGACCCUGACUGGAGGGGCUUCUUCUGGUCCACAGUGCCCGGGGCAGGGCGUGGAGGGCAGGGUGAGGAAGAGGACGAGAAUGCCCGGCCCCUGGCUGAGUCCCUGCUCCUGGCCAUUGCGGACUUACUCUUCUGCCCAGAUUUCACAGUCCAGAGCCACCGGAGGAGCACUGUGGACUCAGCAGAAGAUGUGCAUUCCCUGGACAGCUGCGAGUACAUCUGGGAGGCUGGUGUGGGCUUCGCACACUCUCCCCAGCCUAACUACAUCCAUGACCAGAACCGGAUGGAGCUUUUGAAACUACUAUUGACCUGUUUCUCAGAGGCCAUGUACCUGCCUCCUGCUCCGGAAAGUGGCAGCACCAACCCAUGGGUCCAGUUCUUUUGUUCCACAGAAAACAGACACGCGCUGCCCCUCUUCACCUCCCUCCUCAACACCGUGUGUGCCUAUGACCCCGUGGGCUAUGGGAUCCCCUACAACCACCUGCUCUUCUCUGACUACCGGGAGCCCCUGGUGGAGGAGGCUGCCCAGGUUCUCAUUGUCACCUUGGACCACGACGGUGCCACCAGCGCCAGCCCUACUGUGGAUGGCACCACCACCAGCACCGCCAUGGAUGACAGUGAUCCUCCAGGGCCCGAGAAUUUGUUUGUGAACUACCUUUCCCGCAUCCAUCGUGAGGAGGACUUCCAGUUCAUCCUUAAAGGCAUAGCCCGGCUGCUGUCUAACCCCCUGCUGCAGACCUACCUGCCCAACUCCACCAAGAAGAUCCAGUUCCACCAGGAGCUGCUGGUUCUCUUCUGGAAGCUCUGUGACUUCAACAAGAAAUUCCUCUUCUUUGUGCUGAAGAGCAGUGAUGUGUUGGACAUUCUGGUCCCCAUCCUGUACUUUCUCAAUGACGCCCGGGCAGACCAGUCUCGGGUGGGCCUGAUGCACAUCGGGGUCUUCAUCUUGCUGCUUCUGAGUGGAGAGAGGAACUUCGGGGUGCGACUGAACAAGCCCUAUUCAGUGCGUGUGCCCAUGGACAUCCCGGUCUUCACGGGCACCCAUGCAGACCUGCUCAUCGUGGUAUUCCACAAAAUCAUCACCAGCGGCCACCAGCGGCUGCAGCCCCUCUUCGACUGCCUGCUUACUAUAGUGGUCAAUGUGUCGCCCUACCUCAAGAGUCUGUCCAUGGUGUCUGCCAACAAGCUGUUGCAUCUGCUGGAGGCCUUUUCCACCACCUGGUUCCUCUUCUCAGCUGCCCAGAACCACCACCUGGUCUUCUUCCUCCUGGAGGUCUUCAAUAACAUCAUCCAGUACCAGUUUGAUGGCAACUCCAACCUGGUCUAUGCCAUCAUCCGCAAGCGUGGCGUCUUCCACCAGCUGGCCAACCUGCCCACCGACCCACCGUCCAUCCACAAAGCGCUGCAGCGGCGCCGGCGGACGCCCGAGCCCCUGUCCCGCACGGGCUCGCAGGAGGGGGCUUCCAUGGAGGGUUCGCGCCCUGCCGCACCCGCCGAGCCAGGCACCCUCAAGACCAGCCUGGUGGCCACCCCAGGUAUCGACAAACUGACAGAGAAGUCCCAGGUAUCAGAGGAUGGCACCUUACGGUCCUUGGAGCCCGAGUGCCAGCAGAGCUCCGCAGAAGGCAGCCCUGUGGAGGGGGAACUCAGCCAGGCAUGGAGGGAGCAACGGAGACUGUCCAGUGCGUCCACCAGUGGCCAGUGGAGCCCAACAUCAGAUUGGAUCCUGUCCUGGAAGUCGAAGCUGCCACUGCAGACCAUCAUGCGUCUGCUGCAGGUGCUGGUGCCUCAGGUAGAGAAGAUCUGUAUUGACAAGGGUCUGACGGAUGAAUCGGAGAUCCUGAGGUUCCUGCAGCAUGGUACCCUGGUGGGGCUGCUGCCUGUGCCCCACCCCAUCCUCAUCCGCAAGUACCAGGCCAAUUCAGGCACCGCCAUGUGGUUCCGCACCUACAUGUGGGGCGUCAUCUAUCUAAGGAACGUGGACCCGCCCGUCUGGUACGACACUGACGUGAAGCUGUUUGAGAUCCAGCGGGUGUGAGGAUGGAGACCGGCGGGACACGGUCAGGAGGGACAGGCCUGGCCGCUGAUGCUCCCUCCGACCUGCUGGCUGAGCUUUACAGAACCACCAUCAGGACCUGGGGCAGGCAGAGGGGUCUAGUUCCGGAUGGCAGGCCCUUCUGUGGCGGGGGAGGAUGGGGACAAGAAGUGUCACCCCUCUUCUCCGUGUUGGCCUCCUAGGAGCUUCCUGUGUCCAGGGCUGCAGGCCCCACUAGAGGCCCCGGCCCACUCUGGCUCCCCCCUUCAAGACCCACUGCUGUUGCUGCCCGCCCCAGAAGCCACAGGCCACCGUGCCGUGGUGGAUUGGCCCGAGGAGGAGCCGUGGGCUGUCCCUGAGGCGCCUGGGCAGGGUACAGGGAGUCCUGGUCACUUUGUCUGAAGCCGCUGCAAGAAGCUUGAAGGAGCGUGGCCAGCCUGUUGGCUGUGAAGACUGGGGGCUAGCUGCUUGCAGAGCUAGACCGGAGGGUGCGUGAUCUUAGGGCCUUGCAGUGGGGGUAUUGAGGAUCCCCUGCUCCAGCGUCUGUUCUCUGCCCUAUCCACUGCCCAGGUGACGGGGGCAAGCUCUGGCUUCUGGGUCUCCCUCGCCCCACUUUGUCAGUACAAUCUGCCACACACAAUCAGCCACUUUCCACAAUAAAACUCCCUGUCUGCA